GAGCCCUCGACUGGGCCAGGGUCCUAUCUAAAAAGCAACCGCCUGCAGCGUGUGCCGAGGCACUCCAUGUCUGCCAAAACCGUGGGUGGGGAGGACCCCGAUUCCCGACAUCCACUGGUAGCCCCGUUUGAGUCGGGGUCCUCUUCUUGUCAUGCCUUAUGCUGAACAUGUAACUUGAACUAUUUCAGUUCUUUUCUGAAAAGUCUUGUGUUGAAUACGGAUUUUUUCUCAGAAUGAUUAUCGAAGGAAGGACAUUUGUCGUCUCGGGCGGUGCUUCUGGCCUCGGCCGUGCCUGCGUUCGGGACAUUGUCAAGUCGGGCGGUAAUGCUGCUGUCAUUGACAUGAACGAGGAAACCGGAGCUGCUCUGGCCAAGGAACUUGGGUCAUCCAUCCGCUUCUUCCAGUGCGACGUGACGGACACCGAGAGCAUUGCGUCCGUCGUGAAGUCAACCCUGGAAUGGAUCAAGGAGACUGGGAAGCCUCUCGGUGGAAUCAUCCCCGCUGCCGGGGUUGGAAGUCCGGGUUUGAUGCUCGACAAGUCCCUGAACCCACUUUCCUUGUCGUCCAUCGACUUUGUCCUCUCCAUCAACCUCCGCGGUGUCCUCGAUCUCGUGCGCCAGUUCCUUCCUGCUCUCGCUUCUUCCCCGGCCUACGGUCCUGACGGCGAGCACGGUGUUAUUGUUAUGGUUGCCAGCUCUGCCGCCUUUGAUGGUCAGAUGGGUCAGGUUUCUUAUGCCGCCAGCAAGGGCGCUGUUGCGGCCAUGACGCUGCCCAUGGCUCGGGAUCUAUCCCGAUUUGGAAUCAGAGUCGUCACCAUUGCGCCGAGCAUGUUUGACUCGGCCAUGACGGCCAUGAUGAGCGACAAGGUGAGGACGGGGUUGAAGAAGGCGAUGGAGUUUCCUUCGCGGGCGGGUCAGCCUGAAGAGUUUGCUUCCUUGGCCAGGCAGGCGAUUGAGAAUGUCAUGUUGAACGGUGUAGUUAUCCGGCUGGACGGCGCCACGAGGAUGCCCAGCAAAUUGCUCUUCGCAACAAUGUCCUCUUCUCCACUAAAGGUCGCAGUCCUCGAUGACUACCAGGGCAUUUCGGAACCAAAAUUCAAGGCUCUGGACUCGUCAAAGUACGAAGUCUCCUUCUUCAAGGACACCCUCCGCCCGUAUAACCACCCCGACACUACUCAAGAUGUGAAGGAUCAGCUUGUCAAGAGGCUGGAGCCCUUCACUGUCAUCUCAACAAUGAGAGAACGCACCCCCUUUCCACGCGAGCUCAUCUCCCGCCUCCCUAACCUCAAGCUCCUCCUCACCACCGGCAACCGCAACCUGGGCUUAGACUUGGACGCCUUCAAGGAGCGGGGCAUCCCCGUCGCCGGUGCCGUCGACAAGUCCAACCCAGGCAGCGUCGGUUCCGUCAGCACCACCGAGCACUGCGUCACCAUGAUCCUCGCCGCCGCCCGCAACGUAGCCCAGGACGACCGGGCCGUCAAGACGGGCGGGUGGCAGACCGUUCCCGCCGUCAGCCUGCGGGGCAAGACCUUGGGUACUGUUGGCCUGGGCAGACUUGGCGUGGCGGUGGCCAAGAUUAUGAGUGUCGCUUUUGGCAUGAAGGUCGUUGCUUGGAGCAGCAACCUCACGCAGGAGAAGGCGGACGAGCAGGCUGCCAAGGCCGGCUUGCCGGUGGAGGAUGCGCAGACGGGCGAGAAGACGUUCAAGGUGGUCAGCAAGGAGGAGCUGUUUAGUACGGCGGACGUAGUGAGCGUGCAUUUGGUUUUGUCGGAUCGGUCAAGGGGUGGGAUUGCCAAGAAGGAUCUGGAGUUGAUGAAGAAGACGGCCAUCUUUGUGAACACGUCGCGCGGACCGCUCGUGGUCGAGGAGGAUCUGCUCCAAGUGUUGGAGCAGGGCAUGAUCAGGGCUGCGGCGCUGGAUGUGUUCAACUUGGAGCCGCUGCCGUUGGAUAGCAAGUGGAGGACAACCAAGUGGGGAGAGGAUGGGCGGAGCAGAGUGCUGCUUACACCCCAUAUGGGGUACGUUGAGGAGGAUACGCUUUCCGGGUGGUAUGAUCAACAAAUUGAGAACUUGGAGAAAUGGGUGAAGGGCGAGCAGUUGAGUUUGAGCUUGUAUUAGGUCAAGCUUUUGGAGAUGGAUAAUCAAUAAGUAUUAUUGACCCUCAUUCUUCGCUGGCGGCAGGCUGAUGAUCAUCGCGUAAAGCGAAAGCAGACGAUUAACCCAGUCUCUUGUGAGCAUAAGUCAGUAUCUUGCUCUCUUCGCCGGCCUUGAUGAAGUCUGCUGAACAGGGACAGGUCUUUCAACUUCUUUCUUGUAGAUUGGGCCUGGCCUUUUUCUGACAUAGUGAGACCAUGAUAGAGCGCUGCAGCUUGAUGAUGUUCUGCACUUCUUCCAUGGUGGGCACCUGUUGCUGUACUUUCUUCUGCUGUGGGAUAUCCAUGAUGGCUAUGUGAUGCGGUGUCGAAACUGAUGGCUCCUGGGUUUUGACUGACAAUUGAUUAUGAUGAACAAUGGGAGCUUUGCGUUCUUGU